AUGGAGAACCUUGAUGUUUCAAAGUACACACACAGCUCUGUGCACAGAGCAGUUGCUUCAAGAGACUACGCCACUCUCACAUCAAUACUCUCUUCUCUCCCAACCCCACAAGACCCCUCCAAGAUUCUCUCAGAAGCAGCUUCCUUAGCAGAGGAAGCCAAAUCCGACGCCGUUUCAGCCGUCAUCAACAGAAGAGACGUGCCAAACCGCGACACGCCUCUCCACUUAGCUGUAAAGCUCCGUGACACAACAUCAGCUGAGAUGCUGAUGCUGGCCGGAGCUGACUGGACCCUACAAAACAAAGAUGGCUGGAACGCGUUGCAAGAAGCUGUCUGCAGCAGACAAGAGUCCAUCGCCAUGAUCAUAGUUAGGCAUUAUCAGCCACUAGCUUGGGCUAAGUGGUGUAGAAGGCUGCCUCGUCUGAUAGCAACGAUGAGGGGGAUGAAAGAUUUCUACUUAGAGAUGAGUUUCCACUUUGAGAGCUCUGUUUUACCCUUUGUAUCAAAAGUUGCUCCUUCUGAUACUUACAAGGUGUGGAAAGUGGGUUCGAAUCUCAGAGCGGAUAUGACUAUGUCUGGUUUUGAUGGUUUCAAGAUUCAGAGGACUGAUCAGAGCAUACUGUUUCUUGGCGACGGGUCUGGAGAUGGUAGGUCGGUUUACAUGGUGAAUCAUAAGGAUAAAGAAGUGAUGGAUACGUUGGACGGUGCAUGUGGGUUUCCUUCGGAUGAAGAUGUUAGGAAAGAAGUGGCUUCGAUGUUUAAGAGCAGUGUUUUUAGACCCGGGAUCGAUGUGACGGGAGCGGUUUUAAACCCGCAGAUGAAUUGGAGGAGGCAGGAGAAGAGUGAGAUGGUUGGUCCUUGGAAAGCUAAGGUUUAUGAGAUGAACAAUGUGGUUGUUAGUAUUAAGUCUAGAAAGGUUCCUGGUUCAUUGGGUGAUAAAGUGAAUGGUUGUGUAGAUAAUGAUGAUCUAUGUGAUGUGUUAACUGAUGAAGAGAAGAAGCAACUAGAAGCUGCUCUUAAGCUGGAUUUUAGUCCAUCUCACAAGAAUCAGGAGAAGAAAGUAUGGUUAGGAGGUUGGAGAAGAAAAGAGACGAGUAAACAGGAGUAUGCGCCACCGAGAAGCUCAUUUUGUGUGAAUGAGAAAGUAAGUAAUCUUCUAGGAGACUCUAAUGAGAUAAUAAAACCAGGAAGACACUCGGUAGAUAGUGAGAGUACUAGGAAGCCAAGAGUGUUAUCAGUCUUGAGUAAGAGUCAACAAGAGAGUGAAUAUAAGAAAGGGUUACGUCCAGUUCUCUGGCUAUCUCCAGACUUCCCAUUACAAACAGAGGAGCUGCUUCCUUUGCUUGACAUACUUGCGAACAAAGUCAAGGCAAUUCGUCGGCUUAGAGAGCUUCUUACUACAAAGCUUCCCACAGGAACAUUUCCAGUCAAGGUUGCUAUUCCAGUGGUACCUACGAUAAAAGUGCUUGUUACAUUCACAAAGUUUGAAGAGAUUUACUCUGCAGAUGAAUUUAAGACGCCUCCUUCGAGCCCGACUGGUUCAACCAACUCAUCGUCAUCCUCGUGGUUUCGUCGAGCCAGAUCAAAUAAAGACAGUAAGUCCCAAACUCUACAAGACCCGUUUGCUAUCCCGGCAGGAUAUACUUGGGUGAGUGGUGGAUCAAAGAGAAAGAAAGCAGAGAAGCAGAAACAGAAAAAGGGUGGUAAAAAGGCAGAGCAAGUUAGCUAAAAGCCACUCCCAAGUCCUGAAACACUACUAACCUACACAGAUUGUGACAAUGAACAUAAAGGGUUAUGCUAUUUGGAUUGAAGAACUCACUUGCAAUUUGCAAAGAGGAAAAGUUCGCAUUCUGAUCAUGGGGAUUAGAUUUGUUUCAUCAUUCGUCUGUAACAUAGUUC